CCCUCCCGUUGCUCGUUACUCUCCUCUGACUCUUCGUAUCCGCUCGGAUUUACACGGUACGAUUACUUGAUCUAGUGUUGCCUACGGAGCACUCCACGGUGAAGUGUCCAGUCUCUCUCGUCUCGUCUCGGAUCAAACUCGCGCGUCGUCCCAGGGCGGGAUACCAAAUGAUCUUCCGACUCUCGCAUUCUCCGGUGUCAACGACCCCCCGCUGACGAUAUCGGUAUCCCGGAUGAUGCGCUAAGUGUCGAACUUAGCGGUGACGGUUGAGCUAGCGAAUUUUUCCCAACGAAUUCGCGCGAGAAAGAAGAAAUCCAAAAAAAAAAAAGAAAAAAAACCAAAGAAGCUCGAAAGUUCGCGCGAAAGAGAAACAUAUUGAAAAAAAGGAGCGAGAGAUUCUCGCGUCGUUUCUCGGAGGAUCGAAGGAAGAAUCGGAGGGUGAAAAUCGAAGCGAACGUUUGCGGCGUGAGAGUGACACGCGUCUCAAUUGAGCCCGAAGGUGGCGGCUGAUGUUCGAUAAGUGCUGGUGAUGACAGAUGUGCCGGUCGUUGUCGCGGAUUGUGACCUAUCGUCGUUCUUGCCAGUGCGACAACGUUACGUUAACGCAACAUAAUAAGUAGAGUGUUAAUCUCGGAGACAGGAUCUCGGAGUCAGGAUGAACCGCGUCACGAGUUUCUACAGCCUGCUGGCGGUCUUCCUCUGCUACGAAGCCUGCAGCUACAGCUUGAUCCUGGAGGAAGAAAAGGAACCGAAUUAUCUCAACGCCGGGGUGGGCGAGUACGCGGUAUUUAAUUGCGAUCUUGACUUUCCGCACGAGACGCCGAUCCCGUAUAUUCUGCAAUGGAACCGCGACGGUCGUUCAGUGUUUUCUUGGUACGACGGACACGUGACGGUGGACAACAGAUACAAAGGUCGUAUCCACUUGUUGGACGACGCCGGUCGUCGUGGAUACGGACAGGGUAGCAUAAAUCUCACCAAUAUACGCGAGAGCGAUCAGGGCUGGUACGAGUGCAGGGUAAUAUUUCCCAACAGGACCCCAAAUUCGAGAAACAACGGCACCUGGUUCCACCUCGCCAUCGACGGUGCGUCGCCGUUUCCGACGACUAUUCCAGGCGAAAUUCUCCUUACGAUACCGCCUAUCAACAAAACUGCCAUGGAAGGCGACACGGUCACCUUCGACUGCGUCACCAAGGGCGAAGGUACAACCGCAACGUGGCUUCGUGAAGGAACACCAAUUCGAGAAAUAGAGGAUUUUAGAAGAAGAGCGUCCAUCGGUGCCGAUGGGACACUGACCAUAAAUUCAGCUGCCAUGGGCGAUCUUGGGGAAUACACCUGCGUGGUGACCGGAGAAAACGGAGAUCAGCAAAGCGCGUCGGCCUUUCUCAACGUUCAAUAUAAGGCGAAGGUAAUUUACGCGCCCAAGGAAGUCUAUCUUCCGUACGGCAAGCCGGCCCUUCUCGACUGCCACUUCAGAGCGAAUCCACCCCUGACGAAUCUCCGUUGGGAAAAGGACGGAUUUUUGUUCGAUCCUUACAACGUGCAAGGAGUGUUUUACAGACGAAACGGAUCUCUCUAUUUUAGCAAAGUGGACGAGACGCACUCGGGAAGCUACAGUUGCACACCCUACAACGAUCUGGGCACCGACGGGCCCAGUCCCUCAAUCACCGUGAUAGUUCAAAGGCCGCCGGUGUUCACGGUGACGCCACAAAAUUUGUACAUGCGGAAGCUGGGCGAGAACUUGGAAAUUCCUUGCGACGCCAGAGACGGCGACGACGCGCAUCGACCGACCAUCGUGUGGUACAAAGACGGAUCGCCUCUGUCGCUCGAUCGAGUUAUCAUGACCGGCGGAAAUCUGACGAUAGAAAAGAUUCAGGAGCACGAUCGGGGAAUGUAUCAAUGCGCGGCCAGCAACGAGGCGGCGACAGUCGUCGCGGAUGCCGAAUUGAUGGUGCUGAAUGUUCCACCCAGAGCGCCGUACAAUCUGAGCGCCAACAGCAGCAAAAACGCCGUCACAUUAACUUGGAUACCCGGAUACGUGAGACCUAAGACGGAAUAUUCCGUGUGGUACAGACCCACAGACACGUCCGAGUGGAGAACCAUGAAGAUUCUCUCGAGAAAAAUCACGGAGGCCACGGUGAACAAUCUCAAUCCGGGACGGGAAUACGAAUUUAUGGUGCUGAGUCAAGACAAACACGGCGACGGAAUGUUUAGCAAGGCGUUACGAGUAUUCACACAGCCGACUCCUAACGACGAGAUGAACUCGGCAUCGGAAUAUCGCAGUCCGCAAGACCUUGAGAUCAUGGGACCGCCGCGCAACGUCAGGGUUCAAGCGACAGUCGAGGGUUACCUGGUCACAUGGGAACCGCCCAAUUACGGCAGGAACCAAGUUAGGCUUUACACCGUGAGAUGGUUCAGCGGACCUUCCGAGCAUUUGUACGGAAGAGCCGAGACGACGGACACUUAUUAUUUGGUAAAAGCUUUGGAGGAGGAGAGUUAUUACACCUUCGAGGUAGCGGCGAUGUCCAUCACCGACGACGUCGCGACGAGCGAACGAGUCAGCUUGGAAGUGCCCGCUUAUCGUCGUAAUCGCGCGAUAUCCAUGGGAAUCGUUGCCGGUAUCGGUUUCCUAGCGGCCGCACUGGCCGCUGUGUGGUGGGCGAGAAAGCGAUUCUGUCAGCCGACUAAUGAGAAGUAGCCGAACACGUGACAAGAACGUGUGUGCACUCAAGGAGAACAGCUACUCGCGCGCGCGCGCAAGCUCGUAUAAUUGAUUAUAGGAUUUCUUUCUUAGAGCUUACGGAGUCGCAGCGGGCGAACGAGUCGUUGUUCUAGAGAAUGGUAGUUUCACAUUUCGUGUUUGUACAAGGAAACCACAUAAAUCUAUAUACUCGGCGACAGAUUUGAUUUCUUCUGACGACAAGAGAGACGAUAGAUUAUUUUUCCAUUAAGAGAAUAACGUAGAUAAGAAAUACGAAUAUGAAUAAAUUAAUAUCUCGCGGACAAACUGGGUCUCCCACCCAAAAAUUUCAAACCGGUGUAUUUCUCUAUUAAGAAAUUAGUGUUUUUUUUUUUUUUUUUUUUUUUUAA